UAUUUCUUCUCCGGCCUUCAAGCUAGGGCAGAAGCAGCAGCAUAAGCCAGCCGCCAUGGUGAAGUACUCCAGAGAACCUGACAAUCCCACCAAGUCCUGCAAGGCCAGAGGCUCCGACCUUAGAGUCCACUUUAAGAACACUAGGGAGACAGCGUUUGCCCUCAGGAAGUUGCCCUUGGCAAAGGCAAAAAGGUACUUGGAGGAUGUGCUAGCCCACAAACAGGCUAUCCCCUUCAGAAGGUUCUGCGGUGGUGUUGGGAGGACAGCCCAGGCGAAGAACAGACAUUCCAAUGGGCAAGGACGAUGGCCUGUGAAGUCAGCUAAAUUCAUUCUUGAUUUGCUCAAGAAUGCAGAAAGUAAUGCUGAAGUGAAAGGCUUGGAUGUAGAUGCUCUCUACAUUUCUCACAUCCAGGUUAAUCAAGCACAAAAGCAAAGACGCAGAACCUACCGAGCUCAUGGAAGAAUCAACCCCUACAUGUCAUCUCCAUGCCACAUAGAGUUGAUACUAUCUGAGAAAGAAGAGCCUGUGAGGAAGGAGCCGGAGACCCAAUUGGCAACAAGCAAGAAAGCAUAAGCUCUUGGCAGUGGCGCUUUCAUCACAAAUUGCUACUGACCUAAAUGAUCGAAGGGUUCCGUUUCUAGAUUAUCUUCAGAGAGUUUUGUGAUUUUUCCAAAUUGUUUGGAUUUGGCAUGAACUUUUCUUAGAAGAGUUGAGCAUUAUGUUUUUGUCUCGUACUUUUAAGUUGAUCAGAGCUUCUUGAAAACAUGACGUACUAAGCCAUCAGAUUGGUCGGUUCAUUACUCUGAUAGGAUACUUGUUAUUUAGAGCGUAAUGUUAAAUUUUGUUUCUAGAACAAUAGAUGCCUUUCUAUUUUUCUUGAUUUGUUCACCGGAUUAUGCGUUAAGAUUGUUGCCUUGAAUGUUAUAUUUGAUAGGAAGUAAGAAAAUAUAAUGAAUAUA